CCUGACUCGCCUCAAACAUGGCUGCAAGGGAACGCCUAAUGCUUUGGGAGCCCGGAGCCGGAGGUACUCCAGGAAUGAGACCAUUGAUCAUGUAUUCGGCGUAACGCAUCUCUUUCUAUCUCCCUGCACUCUGGGCUGGGAAACAUGAAUUUUCCAUUUGGAAAAGAGGAGAGUGCUACUGAGAAGCAGCUUUUUGAAUUUUUCUGUGAAUGCCUGCGGAGGGGAGAAUGGGAGCUGGCACAGGCAUGUGUACAUCAGCUACAUGAGGGACAAGGGGAUAUCCCUAAGGAGGUGGAAGACAUACUUCAGGCGUUGGUGCGAUGUCCGUAUCUGCUAAGAUGUGGGCAGGACAUCAACCCUCAAAAGUUAGCCUGGAUUUGGCUUCUUGUACUGGAAAAAUGGUUGGCUCAUGAAAAGAAGUUAUUCCCUGCUCUUUUCCGGAGAAAGCUUGAGUUUCUUUUUUUGUCUGAAGAUCUCCAAGGUGACAUUCCAGAGAACCACCUUAAGGAGCUGUAUGAGACUUUAGCACAAGACCCGGUAGACCCUGUGCCUUGCAGAAGUCAGAGGCAGGAGAAUUGGACCCCAUGGCUCAGCUCCGAAGCUGUGUUUCUACUCUGGGAUCUUCUGAAGCAGGCACCCUUGCUAGCUCAGGCCCUGUUGGAGCUCCUGCUUGGGGAGGAUGAUGGCACCAGCCCCUGUCACUGGCCUCUGCAGAAGGCACUUGUGGACCUCAUUCGAAAGGCACUGCGAACGCUGCAGGACCCUGCCUCUGAGCCCUCUAGAGUAGUUGAUGCCAUCUAUGGAGCCCUGCGGACUCUGCGUUGUCCUGCAGAGCCAUCUGGGGUUGAGUUGUGUGUCCUGUGUGAAGAACUCCUGGAGGCCUGCAGGACUGAGCGGAGUCCCCUACAGGAGGAGCGGCUGCUCAGCUGCCUUACACACAAAGCUGGACGUAGCCUGUUAUCCCUCUACAGCCACACGUAUGCAGAGAAAGUUACAGAAAAGCUACCAAGAGCCACAACUUCAGGAAAAAUCUCACCAGAUCAUCCAAAUCCUGACCGGGUAAUGCUGGCCCUCUUCUCCACUCCUGACCCAGCCCAAGCUUGGAAAGUGACCUUUUUCUACUGCCUAAGCAACAACAAGCACUUCCUUGAGCAGAUCUUGGUAACAGCACUAACUCUGUUGAAAGAGGAAGAUUUCUCAAACCUAGGCUACCUGCUUGAUAGAGAAUUCAGGCCUCUCAGUCACCUGCUCGUGCUCCUCGGCUGGACACACUGUCAGAGCCUUGAGUCAGCUAAGAGGCUGCUCCAGACACUCCACAGGACCCAGGGCCAAGGCUGUGAUGAGUUCCUCAGGGAUGCCUGUGAUGGACUAUGGGCUCACCUAGAGGUCUUGGAGUGGUGUGUCCAGCAGAGCAGUCACCCUAUACCAAAGAGAGAUCUCCUGUAUCAUUUGCAUGGUGGAGACAGCCACUCAGUGCUCUAUUCUCUCCAUCACCUUACGAACCUUCCAGGCCUCAGGGAGGAAGAGGUUCUCAAGCUCUUACAGAAAGUACCAGCCAAAGACCUCCCUCAAGAACAUGAUUCAGCUGAAGCUUCAGUCCCUGAGCACCUGAGCCAGUGCCAGAACCUGACACUCUACCAGGGUUUCUGUGCUAUGAAGUAUGCCAUCUAUGCCCUCUGUGUAAACUCACAUCAGCACUCCCAGUGCCGGGACUGCAAAGACAGCCCUUCUGAGGACCUGGCCUCAACUGCAGAGCCAUCCAAGGACUCUCUCCCCGCCCCAGGUGCUUCUCAUCUCUUCUCAACAUACCUGGCCAAGUGUCAACAGUACCUGUGCAGGAUCCCUGACCCUUUGUGCCUGGAACUUCUUGAAAACAUCUUCUCAUUGCUCCUCAUCACCUCUGCUGAUCUUCACCCAGAGCCUCACCUGCCUGAGGAUUAUGCUGAGGAUGAGGACAUUGAGGGGAAAGGCCCCUUGGAUGUGAGGUCCCCAUCUGAGAGCCCUCAACACAUAGCACAGCCUGACAGGAAGUCAGAACACAGUUCCCUAGGCGCCCACAGGGGUCAUGCACAUUCAGUGCCAAACUGCCUAAAGACAGAGCUCAAAGAUGGUUUCUCAGAGCCUCAUGGGAGUUGCUUUUUGGAUCUAAAGCACUUUAUUAGUGGCAGCAGUGGAUUCCUGGCUGAUGAAUUUGCAAUGGGGGCCUUCCUCAGGCUUCUUCAGGAGCAGCUGGAAGAGAUCAGCAGCCACAGCUCCCCUGAGAAUGCAACCCUGCUAGAAGGCCAGAGCUGCUUAGGAAGCAGAGAAGGACUGCAGACCCGCCUGCACCAAUUUUCCAAGAUUCUCUCUGAGGCCCAGUGGAGAUAUAAGGUGGUAACAAGCAACCAAGGUUCAGAGAAGCAGCCAUCCCGAAGAUACCGGUCCAUUGCUGCACGGCACUCUAGUCUCCGACGGGGUCGGCGGACAAAAAGAAGCCGGGCAGAUGGACUGGACAGAGGCUCCAACCUGUCCCUGGAAAGUACAAGUAGUGAGCUGAGCACAAGUACCUCAGAGGGAAGCGUGAGUGGUGUGUGUAGAUGGAAUGAGCUGGAUGGCCAGUCACAGCCCCAAUCUCAAAGUUCAUUCAUCCCCAUGAUGUUCUCCCCACCUGAGUCACUGCUAGCAUCCUGCAUCCUUCGUGGGAACUUUGCAGAAGCUCAUCAGGUGGUAUUCAUGUUCAACCUGAAGUCUUCACCCAGCGCAGGGGAACUGAUGUUUGUGGAACGCUACCAAGAGGUGAUCCAGGAGCUAGCCCAAGUAGAGCACAAGAUUGAAAACCAGAACUCAGAUGGGGGUAGCAGCACCAUUCGGAGAACCAACAGUGGCCGUUCAACUCUGCAGGCCAUUGGCAGUGCUGCAGCAGCAGGGAUAGUAUUUUACUCCAUUUCUGAUGUGACUGAGAAGCUGCUCAGCACCUCUGGAGAACCCAUCCCCACACUUCAGGAGGACUUUUGGAUAAACACUGCUCCCAUGGAGCCCACUGCUCCACUGAGAGAGGUUCUGGAGGAUCUCAGUCCCCCCGCCAUGGCUGCAUUUGACCUUGCUUGCUCUCAGUGCCAGCUCUGGAAAACCUGCAAACAGCUCUUGGAAACAGCUGAACGGCGUUUGAACAGCAGCCUUGAGAGCCGGGGUCGACGGCUAGACCAGCCACACCUCCAUGCUGAUGGCAUUCGAGGUUUUCCCGUUGUUCUUCAGCAAAUUAGUAAGAUUCUCAGUUACCCACUUACAUCAACUGGACAAACGAAAUCAGAGGCUGUAGAAGAUAAAGCAGGAGGCCCUCCACGGUACAGCAUCAUUGAACUGCUUCAGAUGUGCUGGCCCAGACUCACUGAGGACUGUGUUGCCAGCCACACCAGCCUCUCCCAGCAGCUGGAUCAAACUCUUCAAUCUCUGAGAGAAGCAAUAGCACUGCCAGAGCCCAAGAGUACUCCUCUCACAUCCCUGGUGGAGCAGUCCUCCCAAAAGGCUCCUGAAGCAGAGGCCUACCCUAUUCACAUUCAGAUUGAGCUCCUCCAGAAGAAUCUGAGCAGACAAGCCCCAGCAGGCAUUGAGCAGACUGACUAUGUGGGCACCUUCUUCACCUACUGCAGCACCCUGGCUGCAGUUCUCCUUCAGAGUUUAAGCUCUGAGCCUGAUCACAUGGAGGUGAAAAUAGGAAAUCCCUUCGUUCUCCUGCAACAGAGCUCUUCCCAACUGUUGUCACAUCUCCUGCUAGAGAGACAGGUUCCCCCACAGAGGUUGGCGGACCUUCUGGCCCAAGAAGGACUCAGCCUAAGUGUGCCUCAGGUCAUUGUCAACUGCUGCUGUGAGCCCCUUAGUCUUUGCCCUUCUCUGCAAAGCCAGCAGGCAUCAUCCCUUCUGACUCACCUGGGCAUCUUGGCCCAGCAACAUAUAUCCAACUGCCUGGAUGACAUCCCCCUCUCUAGACCAAGCUCCCCUAGACCAAAUGAGAAUCUCACACCAGAGAAAAAGCUCCAUUCCUCUCCAAAAGACUCACCAACCCCAGCUCUCACCUCCUCUGCCUUGGCCUUCCUAAAGUCCCAUUCAAAGCUACUGGCUACUAUUGCUUGCCUAGGAGCUUCCCCAGGGACAAAGGUUAGUAAGACCAGCUUGUGGAAGGAGCUGUGUGGUCGCAAAGAAGUGCCUCUGACUGUAGAACAGAUCACCAAGGAGUGUGAGCACCUCUUGGAACAGUUCCCUGUGCUUGAGGCCUCUCUCUUAGCUACCUGGGAGCCUCUCCAUGGAUCCUCCGAGCAGGGAAGGAGUCUGGCAGCUAGUUUCUGCGGUCGCACCAGCCUCUCUACUGUGCUCCUGGGCCUGCAUUCUCCUAUUGCCCUAGAUGUGUUGAUUGGGGCAUUCAAAGAAGCCCUGGUGGCCAGAGAUUGGCCACGGGCCCUUCAGCUCACUGAGGUAUAUGGGCAAGACACAGAUGAUCUGAGCCACGUUUGGGAUGCAGUCCUGAGCUGUGCUGUCGCAUGUGACAAGGAAGCAUGGCGAUAUCUGUUUCCUGUGAAGGAUGCAUGUCUGAGAAGUCGGCUGGCCUUGCAGUUUAUGGACAGGUGGCCCCUGGAGUCAUGUCUGGAGAUCUUAGCUUACUGCAUUUCAGAUAAAGCUAUCCAAGAAGGUUUAAAGUCUGAGCUGCAGAGGAAGUUGGCAGAGCUGCAAGUGUAUCAGAAGAUUCUGGGUUUGCAGGAUCCCCCAGUGUGGUGUGACUGGCAGGCCCUGAAGAGCUGCUGUGUUGAGGACCCAUCAGCUAUCAUGAACAUGAUUCUGGAAGCACAGGAGUAUGAGCUAUGUGAGGAAUGGGGCUGCCUAUACCCCAUUUCAAAAGAACAUUUAAUCAGCCUACAUCAAAACCAUCUUCUCUACCUACUAGAAAGAAGAGAUCAUGAAAAGGCUUUGAAACUUCUGCAAAGAAUCCCUGACCCUGCCAUGUGCCUUGAGGUCACAGAGAAGUCCCUUGACCAGCAUCCUAGCUUGGCCACAUCACACUUCUUGGCCAACUACCUCACCACCCAUUUCUAUGGAGAACUGACCACUGCUCGACACCAUGAAAUCCAGGCACUGUACAUGGGAUCCAAGGUUCUGCUGACUCUGCCUGAGCAGCACCGGAACAGCUAUUCCCACUUGUCCUCCAACCCCCUACUCAUGUUAGAGCAGCUGCUGAUGAACAUGAAGGUGGAUUGGGCCACUCUGGCAGUGCAGACUCUGAACCAGUUGCUGACUGGACAGGAGAUUGGCUUCACCAUGAAUGAGGUUGACUCCUUGCUUUCCAGAUAUGCAGGGAAAGCCCUGGACCUCCCAUACCCUCUGAGGGAGAAACGAUCAGAUUCUGUGAUUCAUCUCCAGGAAAUUGUUCAUCAGACUUCGGAACCUGAAACCCUGUCUAGAUCACCAUCAACAGAAUUCUCUACUACUGUUUCUGGUACCUCCGUGGCAUGUUCCCCCAGCCCAAGUGAAAGGUGUUUUGCUCCAAAUCAGCCUCUACUGGAAUUUGUGCCCCCAUCAGCACCUCCUGCCAGGAGCCAGUGGGUACCAGAUGAGACUGAAAACAUCUGCAUGGUGUGCCGCAGGGAGCACUUCACCAUGUUCAACAGACGUCAUCACUGUCGCCGCUGUGGCCGGCUAGUGUGUGGUUCUUGUUCCACUAAGAAAAUGGUGGUGGAAGGCUGCAGGGAGAGCCCUACUCGUGUGUGUGACCAGUGCUACAGUUACUACAACAAAGAUACAUCAGAGGAGAGCCCAAGCCAAUCAGAAGCUGCAGAAAGCUCUAAGAGCGAAAGCCUUCCGUAUCUGGCUGUGGUGAGAGUUCCCAAAGCAGCAGAGGUGGAAUGGAUUUUGAGUCUAAAUGAAGAAGAAAAUGAGCUAGUGAGGAGUGAAUUCUACUAUGAGCAGGCUCCUAGCGCCUCCUUGUGUAUUGCCAUCCUGAAUCUGCACCAGGACAGUGUGGCCUGUGGUCAUCAGCUAAUUGAGCACUGCUGCAGGCUAUCUAAGGGCCUCACCAACCCAGAAGUGGAUGCAGGGUUGCUCACAGACAUUAUGAAGCAGCUGCUCUUUAGCGCCAAGAUGAUGUUUGUCAAGGCUGGCCAGAGCCAGGACUUGGCUCUUUGUGACAGUUACAUCAGCAAGGUGGAUGUACUGAAUAUUUUAGUUGCUGCUGCCUAUCGCCACGUGCCAUCUCUAGAUCAGAUCUUACAGCCAGCUGCAGUAACCAGGCUAAGAAACCAGCUUCUGGAAGCUGAAUACUACCAACUGGGCAUUGAGGUUUCCACAAAAACUGGGCUUGAUUCCGCUGGGGCUUGGCAUGCAUGGGGCAUGGCCUGCCUCAAAGCUGGGAACCUCAAUGCUGCACGAGAAAAGUUCAGCCGCUGUCUGAAACCCCCUUUGGACCUCAAUCACCUAAGUCAUGGCUCCAGGCUGGUCCAGGAUGUGGUUGAAUACCUGGAGUCCACAGCAAGACCCCUUGUUUCCCUGCAAGAUGAUGAUUACUUUGCCACCUUGAGGGAACUUGAAAUGACCCUUCGAACCCAGAGCCUCUCCCUGGAAGUGAUUCCUGAAGGAAAAACCAUGAACAACACCUACUACCAAGAAUGCCUCUUCUACCUGCAUAACUAUAGUACCAACCUAGCCAUCAUCAGCUUCUACAUGAGGCACAGCUGUCUACGGGAAGCCCUCUUACACCUCCUCAACAAGGACAGUCCUCCAGAAGUCUUUAUAGAAGGAAUUUUCCAGCCAAGCUAUAAAAGUGGAAAGCUACACACAUUAGAAAACUUACUAGAAUCCAUCGAUCCAACCUUGGAGAGUUGGGGAACAUAUUUGAUUGCUGCCUGCCAGCAUUUACAGAAGAAGAACUACUACCACAUUCUGUACGAACUACAGCAGUUUAUGAAGGACCAAGUUCGGGCUGCCAUGACCUGUAUUCGGUUCUUCAGUCAUAAAGCAAAGUCUUACACAGAGCUGGGAGAGAAGCUUUCAUGGCUCCUUAAGGCCAAGGAUCACCUGAAGAUCUACCUCCAAGAAACAUCCCGCAGCUCUGGAAAAAAGAAAACUGCCUUCUUCCGGAAAAAGAUGACUGCAGCUGAUGUAUCCAGGCACAUGAAUACACUUCAGCUGCAGAUGGAAGUGACCAGAUUCUUACAUCGGUGUGAAAGUGCUGGGACCUCUCAAAUCACCACUCUGCCUCUGCCAACAUUGUUUGGAAAUAACCACAUGAAAAUGGAAGUUGCCUGCAAGAUCAUGCUAGGAGGGAAAAAUGUAGAAGAUGGUUUUGGAAUAGCGUUCCGUGUUCUGCAGGACUUCCAGCUGGAUGCUGCUGCCACCUACUGUAGAGCUGCCCGGCAGCUGGUGGAAAAGGAGAAAUACAGCGAGAUCCGACAACUGCUCAAAUGUGUCAGUGAGUCAGGCAUGGCAGCCAAAAGCGAUGGGGAUACCAUCCUUCUCAACUGCGUGGAAGCCUUCAAGAGAAUCCCACCACAGGAGUUGGAGGGCCUGAUCCAGGCAAUACACAACGAUGACAAUAAGGUUCAGGCUUACCUUACUUGUUGCAAACUGCGUUCUGCAUACCUGAUUGCUGUGAAGCAAGAACACUCCCGGGCCACCACCCUUGUCCAGCAGGUGCAACAGGCUGCCAAGAGCAGCGGGGAUGCAGUAGUACAAGACAUCUGUGCCCAGUGGCUCCUGACAAGCCUCUCCCGUGGUACCCAUGGCUCAGGCUCCAGGAAGUGAUCCUGAGUAGCAGGGCCAAGAAAACAUAGCCUGAGAACUGUGGCAACAGGAGCAAUGCCCUACAACCUCUCUUCUCCUGUGGAAAAGGACUUCUCUGGCUCUGCCCCAGAUGGAAAAGAGCUGGAAUGGCCCCUUCUUUCCUACUUAGGCAAGAAUAGGACCUUUCACACAAGUGCCAUGUUUCUGUAGACUUGGGAAUCUGUGUUUGUCUGAAGAUAGCCAGUUCUUUCUACCUCAGAGUGAGUGAGUGAGUGUGUGUGUGUGUGUGUGUGUAUGUGUGUGUGUGUGUGCGCGCCCAUAUGUGUGCAUGUUCCUAUGCACUCAUGUUUAUGCCCAAACAUUUUCUGAACAAAUGAGACUCUCCUCCUUUGAAAAGAGGCACUUUACUUUAGACUUCUGCCAGUCUGAAAACCUUCCCUGCGUUUUGGUUCUUAACCCGGGUUCUCCUGUUUGUACACAGUCCCCUCUCCAUGCGACAUUGGUAGCUCUUCUUAACUAGCUGGGUUUAACAGAAAGUUAUAGAGCAACACCAAAAGGAUAGCUACUCCCUUCCCAUAAUUCAUAGAUGACUUUUCAACCUGUGGAAUGAAAUGGUUUUUCAGGUGACUCCAAUGACGCGAGUCUGGAAGGUUAGCCUGAAGACGGGGCUUUUCCAACACCAGCACCAGAAAGCUCUGGCUGCAGUAGAGAUGAUCAAAUCUGGGAGGACAUCACAUGAGCAGAGCAUGGCCUGUGGCAUUCAUUCUGAGGGGAAGAACAAACAGACCUGUCCGAGUAAGGACACAAGGCAGUUGUUUACAAGCACAAGGUUGGCUCUUAUAAAUAUCCCUACUGCAAAGUUGAUGGGUACAGGAACAUAGCUUUCUCUUUAGAGCCUGGAGAGAUAAAUGGUAGUUGAAAUCCUGUGACUGAAUGGCUAGCUUUUGGGAAUCUGUGUUCCCAUCCUGUUUGUGCCUCUUGAAUUGGUUAAGAAACCACUCCUCUUCUCUUCAGUCUCUUUGAGACCACAGGGUGAAUAUGCGAACACCUGAGUCUAUCUUAACAGAGGGAACUAGGGGGUUGAUUUCAGGGUUGGGCCUGGGGCCAAGAGUCUGGAUAGGAACCAGAGGAAGGUACAAUGAACAGAUCAUGUCCAGUUGGUGGAAAACUAGGUAAAGCAUUUCUUGAAUGUGGGUUGGCUUGUCUUCCCAUGUGACAUGUUAGUGUUUGAGAAAGGGCCUGUCAAACUCUUGAUUUGGAUUUGCGAAUGAGGGGUCUAAAGGAGAGCUCUGAAACCCUGAGUCUUCCACCAGCUAGAGCUCAGUUAUCUCACCUGUGAUGCUGAGACAAACAGGAGCUGAAAGCUGUAGAUAAAUAAAUAUCUGGUGCUUAGAAACCCUGUGGAUUUCUAUCUGAACCAAAAAUUUCAAUAGCAAAAUAAA